AUGUACCUCCCUUCUACCCGAAACACCCUCCUGCCGCUGGCGGCCUUCCUCCUCCCUUCCCUGGUCUCCGCCCACGGCGUCAUCCUCGCUGCCCAAGGCGAGGCCGACUCCCCCCCUUCCGUCGGCUUCAUGGUCAACGACGCCAUCGCCCGCAACUGCACCUCCAUCAACCCCUGCCAGAUGGACACAACCAUCAUCCGCGACGCCGAAAUCGCCGCCGGCACCGUCAACUCCUGCGGCCGCACCAAGCUCAACGGCAACAUCGACGUCGGCACCGUGACCGAAAACGCACUCGCCGAAGGCGCCGUCACGGCCGUGAGACAAGGCUCCAGCGUCGAAGUGACGAUCCACCAGGUCAACGCCGACGGCGCAGGACCUUACACCUGCGACUUGGACGAAGGGUCCAACUCGGGAAUCAUGUCCCACGAGCUGGUCGUGAGCAACAAUAUCCCUGGACAGAAUGGACUUAGUCAGGCUGCUGAGCAGGAGUUCACUAUCACGGUGACCAUGCCGGAUGAUAUGAAGUGCAUCGGUGGUUCGACGGGGAACGUGUGUACGGUUAGGUGCAGGAAUGCUGCUCAGGCGGGGCCUUUUGGAGGAUGCUUCGCGGUCCAACAAAUCGACGUUGAGCCCGCUAUCAACACCGCCAAGGACAUCACCACAGCCGACACGCUCGAAGCAGCCCAGUUUCAGACCUCGGCUAACCAAGCCGCCUUUGCCGCCGCUGUUGAUGCCAACGCCAAGGCUGGCUCUUCGGAGCAGGAACAAAACCUCGCUGCUGUCGAGGCUAUCCUUGGGCUGAGCACCGUUUCUGCCGAGUUUCCUACUUUGACUCCGACGAUCAACACGGAGAGGAUUGUGCCUACGGGUACGGCUGGUGCGCAGCCUACUGCUGCUUUGGGCAGUACUCCGUUCCCUGUUGAGAAUGGUGACGGCAACAACGGAAAUGGCAACGGGAACACCGGCAACGACAAUCCCGACGCUGGCGUGAAUCCAUUCCCUGUUGAGGAUGGCAAUGGCAAUGACAACGGCAACGGCAACGGCAACGGUAACGGCGGUGGUAGCGGCAGAGGCAGAGGCAGGGGCGGCCGCAACAGGAAUCAAAAGAGAUACCACACCGUCGAGGAGCUCCUCAAGCGGUUCGUCCUCCCCGAUGAUGGCAACUAA